GCAGACGCGAAAUGCAGCGGAAGGAAACGUCACUUCCUGGUUCUCCAUCUGACGUGUCUGAACAGUUUUACACUAGAAGUGGGCUUUACUCGUGAAUGAUCUAUUGAUACAUAUUUAUAUAUAACUACCUGAUACGUGGUGGCAAGAUGCUGGAUUUCUUCACCAUCUUCAGCAAAGGCGGGAUAGUGUUGUGGUGUUUUCAGGGAGCUGGGGUGACUGAGUCCUUCACCGGGCCCGUCAAUGCGCUGAUCCGCUCUGUGAUCCUCCAGGAACGAAGUGGAAACAACACAUUCACCCAUGAGGCCCUGAGUCUUAAAUACAAGCUGGAUAAUGAGUUUGAGUUGGUUUUUGUGGUGGGUUUUCAAAAGAUCUUGACGCUGACGUAUGUGGACAAGUUCAUAGAUGACGUUCAGCUGCAUUUCAGGGAUCGCUAUAAGAAUGAACUGGAGCAGAAGGGGGCUCUGAAGCUUCUCAACAACAACUUUGAAUUUGAGGAUGACUUCAAAACACUUCUUAGGGAUGCGGAGGAUAGCAGCAAAGCUCGAGGUCCUGUUUCGAUGCGGACUUUUACAGAGUCCCAGAAAUCCCAAAAAACUGUGAAGUCAAUGAUUGAGACGAAGGGUGGGGACAAAGGCAAGGAACAGGGAGGCAAAAAGAAUAAGAAUGCCAAAAAAGAGGCUCCUCUACCUGAGCCUGUUAAAGAGGGUCACGGCAAGGUCUCCACCAGCGAGAAGACAGUGGAGAACGGCAACCAGGGCCUGACCCAAGACGAGAUCAUGCAGAAGAAGAGAGAAGAAUUCUUCCGCAAACGUAUGGCGGGAAGUGCUGAGAAAACCAGUAAAUCCCCAAAGCCUCAGAAGCCCAAGGAGAAGCAGAUGCGUGUCUGGGACAUGGCUGGUAGCAGCACCAAGGAUCUGGACUACAGCCAGAGAAAUGGAAAUGGUUCCCAUGAUUCUGGCAACCAGAGCCAGGAUGCACAAAUUGACUCGGGGAUGCAGCUAAGGCCCAUGGUGGGAGACUUGCUGUCUGUGGAUUAUGAGUCCAGUGAGGAAGAAGAAGAAAUAGAGGAGGAAGAGGAGAAGGUGGUAAUCACUGACAUAAGCAAAAAAGCCCCCAAAAAGGGUGGUGGAUUUGGAGGUAUGUUUGGGAUGCUGAAGGGCCUGGUGGGCUCUAAGAGCCUGACCCAAGAGGACAUGGAGCCAGUGCUGGACAAGAUGAGAGACCACCUCAUCGCUAAGAAUGUAGCAGCCGACAUUGCCUCCCAGCUCUGUGACUCUGUAGCCAAAAAACUGGAGGGCAAAGUCAUGGGCACAUUCACCACUGUGGCCUCAACAGUAAAGCAGGCCCUGCAAGAUUCCCUGGUGCAGAUCCUGCAGCCCAAGCGAAGGGUGGAUAUCCUGCGAGAUGUCCUGGAGGCGCGGAGCCAGCGACGGCCCUUUGUUAUCACAUUUUGUGGUGUCAAUGGGGUUGGCAAGUCCACCAACUUGGCCAAGAUCUCCUUCUGGCUGAUAGAGAAUGGCUUCACUGUGCUGAUCGCAGCUUGCGACACCUUCCGUGCCGGGGCAGUGGAGCAGCUUCGAACUCACCAGCGCCGUCUCAACUCUCUACACCCUCCUGAGAAGCACGGUGGACGGCCGGUGGUCCAACUGUAUGAGAAAGGAUAUGGGAAGGAUGCUGCGGGAAUCGCUAUGGAAGCCAUUGCCUAUGCUCGCAACCAGGCCUUUGAUGUGGUGUUGGUGGACACUGCGGGGCGUAUGCAGGAUAACGCCCCCCUCAUGACAGCACUGGCCAAGCUUAUUGCUGUCAACAUGCCUGACCUAGUGCUGUUUGUUGGGGAGGCUCUGGUGGGCAACGAGGCUGUUGACCAGCUGGUGAAGUUCAAUCAGGCUCUGGCUGACCAUUCCAUGUCUGACAAGCCUCGCCUCAUCGAUGGAAUAGUUCUCACCAAGUUUGACACCAUAGAUGACAAGGUUGGCGCUGCCAUCUCCAUGACCUACAUUACAGGCCAGCCUAUCGUGUUUGUGGGCACAGGGCAGACCUACAACGACCUGCGCAGCCUCAACGCCCGCGCUGUGGUCAGUGCCCUGAUGAAGGCUUGACCAGCUGCAUGUUCUGUUGUUUAUUCAUCCGCGCAACAAAAGUAACCAGCCAACCUUUGCCAUGCUGCUGCGAGAUGUUCCAGCCCUGCUAACCUGCGUUUAUCCUCCUUCUAUCCUGUCCCACCCGGAGUUUGCAUUUAACAGACUCAAGUCAUACUCAAGCCGUUAUUAUUCUCCCACUUCCAGGUGAGGACAAAUGUGGACUUUGAUGAACGAGAUAAAAAUUGCACCACAAAGCCAGAGGAAUCUCCCUCUGCAUCAUUUGUAAUUCUUUGGGCCAAAUUGAAAAGUACCUCAGUUGUGCUUGAACUUGAAAAAAUGACUCCAAACUCUCCUGAAGUCACUCACAAAUGACAUUUUAAGACUUCUCGCCAACGGACCUAGGAAAUAACUCAUCAAUCUACUGGUUUACACAUGGAUGACUUGUCAGAAGUCUCUACCUGGCAUUUUGUCAGUCAGUUUCCCCCCCCUUCAUGUAAGUGAGGUCAGGUCUUAAAGGCUUGCUGGAUGUGACAGUGCAGCAGCUGCCUGUUUCUGAGGAAAGCUUAGUGACCAUAGUGCCUAUCUAUCUCCUAUCUCCCUAGUUAACAUUGUUACUGCAUGGGUGGUCAUUCAUCAACGACAUCGUGGCAGUUCAGGUCAGAAACCACUCCUUCUAAUCUAGAGGAUCAGUCUGAAUAACUCUGUCAGACUUGCUAUUAAACAAAUGAAAUCCUUAAGUUGAAGUAGUUUACCAUAGACCACAUGUCAGUGUACCAGCACUUGUCAAGUAAGUGGGAAAAGCACUCAGUUAUUGUUAGACAAGCAAAUGGAAACAGUGCUUCACCUCUUCACGCCUCCUGGUUAAAUCUGGAAAGAUGUCUGUGCUGCCCAUGAGUCAUGUGCAAGUAAACAAUGGUCUCAUUCUUAUCAAGGCUGAUCCUCUGUAAAAUGGAACAGUUCAGCUGUCCUGAAUCCAGUAUCAGCUGGGGUACUUGAGCUCUGGAUGGACUGUUCUCAAAGUCCUCUCACCAUAUCUCUUCCACCUGAUUCACAACUAACAUGUUUUUCCUUUAGAAAUUGGAGUUUGAUCCUUAAGUUUAUAGGUCUGGAAGAGCGAAGAUGUUUUGCAAAUGUAUAUUUUAGUUCUUACAAGUUGUUCACAGAUUUCAUAAGACUACACUUGGGAUAUGUGGUCAGUUGGAAGAUCUAUGGACACAUUAUUUAUGUUUUGGAUUUAUUCCCCUUACUUUGAUUUACUCUCCAUUUGUAAGAGGACAGAAGUCUUAAGUAUCCCCCUUUAAUUUGUGGUAGUGCAAUAAGAGAGAAUCAAGAGUUAUACAGAAGAUUUGUGCUAAUUUAUGAGAAUGUAAACAUUUCUAAAUAAAGCUGAUAUAUGCUAUGACAACUUUGAAGAUGAAA